AUGUCCGAAGUCGUAAAAGGGAAACUCCGAUAUUUCGAACUUUUUUCUCAUUCGGAAUGGUCUCUCAACCACUUUUACUUGUGGGUCCAGGAAAAUCACGAUGCCACGGAAGAAGUUAAUGCCCGUAAAUUUUUCUACAACAUUGUAAAUGCCAUCAGCAACGACUCAGAGGCUUCACAAGAAGUUCAAGAGGUUGCAAAAAAACUUUUAAAAAGAAAAAAAUUAGAAUGUGAGGAUUGCAUGAUUACCGGCGCGAAUAAGCGUAUUUUGGGUGACGUGACCAACCUGAUACCUGUACCUGUAGCAGGAGAAAAACGUAAAAAUUAUGACGCAAAUAUUAUAGACAUUUCUUCAAAAAGAAUGAAAGUACCAGUUAAUAGUGUGACUACCUUCGAGGCUAGUUCCAAUAUGCAGUAUCUAUCACCAC